AUGGAAGAAGAGCGGAAAUAUUUAAACGAUAAGUUCGGUCUACUAAGGGCGAGACUAGGCGAUGCCGGCACUAGUAGGGAUAGUAAUGCAAGCAGCAGGAGGAGCCGUGAGAAAGUACAGGAGUGGUUGAGUAGGGAACAGGAUGGGAACAAUCCCUCCACACAGGUUCCCCCACUUCAUGACCAGACGAGCGCCCAGCAUGCAGCGAUUCCAGCGUCGUUCUCGCAAAUCAAUGCUUCCGUGCAAGCAACGACCAUAGACCCCCCGUUUAGUGUCAUGUUGCCGGUUGGUGUAUCCCGUCAAGAAGUCGUACAAGAAACUGGACAAGUGCCGCCGAAUUCUACUUCUACCCCUCAGUUCUCUCGAAGUCGACUUGGUCCAAUUGAAUCGCUGCAGCAAACACCGGUGUCGAACAUUUCCUCCACUGUUCCAAUAAAUUAUUCAACGGCAAUUACAGUUCCUCAGUUCAUUCCAACUAGUUCGUAUGUGAUGCAAGGGAAUCCACUAAUAAAUGGCUGCGGAACGAGCGAUUAUAGGCUCCCGGGAACGAUGGCUACUUCAUCCGGUUUCUUUACUGCUCCACCAUUCACUGUUACGGUUCCUUUAUUGGUUCAUCCACCACUGCCAGCUACCACCACCACCCUUCCGCCAUCCGUAUUUUCGUCGUUACCCUCUGCUGCUAUACCACCACCACCAGUCGUGAGUUUACCAUCCAUCUCAAGCAUUGCAGGGUCUUGGAUGCCUCCAAAUUUUGCGCGUCAAGGAGCCUUUCAAGGAGGAAUUUACACAUCUGCAGGUUCAGGAGUCCAGCCCGUUUCGCAAGGUUUCCCAAUGAUGGCAACUACUCAACAGGGAAACCUCGGUCCGUCAGCAAUUCAACUCGCAGCUCGCCAAGUGAUGUAUAGAGAUCUACCGAAGUUCACAGGAGAUCCAGAAGAGUGGCCGAUGUUUUAUAGCGCCUUCUGCAACACCACGGAGGCAUGUGGUUAUUCCGAUGCGGAGAAUUUGUCCAGACUUCAGCGAUGUUUGGACGGUCCUGCGUUACUUGCGGUUAAAAGUCGUCUCCUCUUACCUGAGUCGGUACCAUACGUGGUUGAAACUCUGCGAAAAAUAUACGGGAGACCAGAAGUACUAAUCUUCUCCUUACUCAAUAAGUUACGAGAGGUUGCAGCACCAAAGGUCGAUAACCUCAGGACGGUGAUUGAAUUUGGGUUGGCAGUACAGAAUCUUGUGGACCAUAUGAAGCUUGCGCAGCUUCACGAGCACCUUUGUAAUCCUAUGUUGCUACACGAGCUGGUUGAGAAGCUGCCAGCCAUUUGGAAGAUGCAGUGGUCUGCCUACAAGAGAGCUUGUCCGAACGUCAACUUGGCCACGUUUGGAGGGUUUAUGUCCGACUUCGUGAACACAGCUUCCGAUGUGACACUACCAGAUCUAGCAACGCUUUCGUUGAAGUCAACCAAACAGAACCACACCAAGUCGAAGCUUUUUGUACAUACACAAAGCUCACCUGAUGUAGAGGAAAUUCCGGAAUCAAAUCCAAUCGAAGAAAUGUCUAAGAAGACCUGUGCGUACUGUUCCAACCCAAAUCACGAGAUUCUAUCGUGUGGACCGUUCAAAGCGUUGGAUAUAGAUGCCAGAUGGACGGCGAUGCGUCAGAAAGGAUUGUGCAGGAUCUGCUUAAUUCCCCAUCGGAAGUGGCCAUGUCGAUCCGGAAGAGAAUGUGGAGUGGACAGAUGUCGACUCCGUCACCACGAGUUGCUGCAUUCUCGCACAACUGUAAUGACGAACAGUCAGUUUAGAGCCAGUUCAGCUGCCAGCGGGAACGGGAACGUAGUACACAACCAUUAUCAUCAAGUAUUACCAUGUACUCUUUUUCGAUAUUUGCCGGUGACAAUCGAAGCAGGGGAAAAGCGCGUCCACACGUUUGCGUUUCUAGAUGACGGUUCUUCAUCUACACUAAUGGAAGCGGGAAUAGCUGCCAAACUUGGGUUAGAAGGUGCAACUGAAUCACUCUGGCUCAAUUGGACAGGCAAUAUUAGUCGGGAGGAAAAAGAUUCGAAGCGUGUUUCAAUCGUCAUCACCGGAGAAGGUGGGAAGAAUCGUUUCCAAAUGAACAACGUACGCACAGUUAAGAGACUCAACCUACCAAAACAAACGCUACAGUAUGAUGCAUUAACGGAAGCGUAUCCACACCUCAAGGGUCUGCCGGUGCGGAGUUAUUCGGAAGCAAUUCCGGGUAUUAUAGUUGGACUGGAACAUGCACGACUACUCUCCACUUUAAAAAUUCGUGAAGGCAGAGGUGACGAUCCAGUGGCAGCAAAAACAAGACUGGGCUGGUGCAUCUUUGGUAGAAGUUCUGGUGUGGGUCAAUCCUUAGAACGCCUGCAUCAUCAUUCCGAGCAAGAUAUGGGGAAUCGUGAAUUGCACCAACAGAUGAAGAAAUUCUUUGGCAUUGAGGAAGCUAUAAUCACGGUUAAACCUGAAGCAGAAGUUGACAAACGUGCCAGGGAGAUUAUGGAGAAUACCACACGACGAGUAGGGCUUGGCUUCGAGACGGGUCUUGUUUGGAAGCACGACGAUGUAAGCUUCCCGGAUAGUUUCAAGAUGGCAGAGAGGAGAUUGAUCGCACUCGAGAAACGACUGGAGAAAGAUCCUGCGCUAAGGCAAAAAGUUCACGAGCAGAUCGUGUCAUAUGAGGAGAAAGGAUACGCUCAUCGAAUAACCAAGAAUGAAUUGGAUUCAACCGACUCGAGCCGAGUUUGGUAUUUACCCUUAGGGGUCGUACAAAAUCCCAAAAAACCCGGCAAGAUUUGUCUGAUCUGGGAUGCAGCAGCGUGUUCUAAAGGCGUUUGUUUUAACGACAUGUUGCUCAGAGGUCCAGACCUGCUAACGGCGCUCUUUGGCGUACUACUCCGUUUUAGACAGAGGAACAUUGCUAUCUGUGCAGACAUACGAGAAAUGUUCCACCAGAUACGCAUUCGAGACCUCGACAAACAGGCGCAACGGUUCUUGUGGAGAUUUUCCCCUGAUAUGCUUCCACAGAUAUUCGUCAUGGAUGUGGCAACGUUCGGCGCCACCUGUUCGUCUAGCUCGGCGCAGUUCGUCAAGAACAAAAACGCCGAGGAACACGCAUCAAAAUACCCGAGAGCAGCGCACGCCAUUAUUUACAGCCACUAUGUUGAUGACUACCUGGAUAGUGUAGAAACUGAAGAUGACGCGGUACAGUUGUGGAACGAUGUUAAGUUGGUCCAUGCUCGAGGUGGAUUUGAGAUCCGCAAUUUCGUCAGCAACUCAGAUGAAGUUAUGCAGCGAGUGGGAGUGAAGGAUUGUCCUGCAAAUAAGUCGUUGAAUCUGGAUCCGUUGGGAGAAAAGGAGCGAGUUCUUGGCAUGGUGUGGAGACCUGACUCUGACGAUUUCACCUUUGAACCUUCUUUAAAGCCGGAAAUUUUGAAGUUGAUUGUAGAUCGAACAAUUCCGACGAAACGUCAGGUGCUACGAACAGUGAUGUCGCUGUUUGAUCCCCUUGGACUGAUAGCACAUUUCGUGGCACAAGGGAAAAUUCUUAUGCAAGACAUUUGGAGAUCGGGUACAGACUGGGAUGAACAAAUUACCGAGCAUCUAUGGGAGAAAUGGUCUAGGUGGAGUCAACUCAUUUUAGAGUUAGAUGCAGUAAUGAUUCCAAGGUGUUUCUUCAGAGGUGCUAAUAGUGGAGCUCUCAACAGCGUUCAACUGCAUGUGUUCGUCGACGCUAGUGAAGAAGCAUACGCAUGCGUAGCAUACCUACGAAUUGUCGAUGGUGGCAUAAUAAGAUGUGCACUUGUAGCGGCGAAGUCAAAGGUGGCCCCGCUUAAGCCUCUUUCCAUUCCACGAUUGGAGCUGCAGGCCGCGAUGAUAGGUAGUCGUUUGGCAGACAGUAUCUGCAAACACAUAAGUCUCCCCAUCAGUCAACGCUUUCUCUGGCUUGAUUCCGCAACGGUGUUGGCCUGGCUGCGUUCGGAUAGUCGACGUUACCACCCGUUCGUGGCAUUUCGAGUAGGGGAGAUCCUAAGUCUAACCACCGUUGAUGAAUGGCACCAUCUGAAGUCCAAGCACAACGUGGCAGAUGAAGCAACCAAGUGGGGAUCUGGUCCUAGCUUCGAUCCAGAAGGGCGAUGGUUUCAGGGACCACUAUUUCUGAGUAAAUCAGUUGAAAGCUGGCCAGUGAGCAAAGGAGAGAUACCUCCAGCUACAGAAGAGCUCCGGGCUGUUUAUACCCACCAUCAUUCGACGUUCCAACCACUUAUCGAGGUGAAGCGUUUCUCUAAGUGGCACCGACUACUACGCUCCACCGCGUACGUACUAAGAGCAAUCAAAAGGCUCAAAAAGCAGCAGCUUCGUCCUUGGAUAUCAUGCGAUGAGUAUCGUGAAGCGGAAAACCUGCUUUGGCGUCAGGUACAAAUAGAGUGCUAUGCGGAUGAAUAUACAUCACUGCACUAUAAUCAGCAAAACCCCUUGGCGAAUCAAAUGAAACCGUACAUGUGCAGUCAACUGUACCAGCUAACACCGUACAUAGACGAUGUAGGAGUUAUGAGAAUGAACAGCCGAAUAGGGGCUGCACCAAACGCCCCGUUCCAAGCUAAGUAUCCAAUCAUUCUUCCAAACAAUCACCAUCUAACGUCCCUCCUCGUUAACAGCUACCACUGCCGCUUUCUACAUGCGAAUAACGAAACUGUACUCAAUGAGAUGCGACAGCGUUUUCGUAUACCAUCUCUACGAAACUUGAUCAGACGAGUCUCCAAGGAAUGUCCAUGGUGUCGAGUCAACAAGGCGGCCCCACGGCCCCCGAUCAUGGCACCGCUUCCAACAGUGCGUCUAACAUCAUUCGUCCGUCCAUUUACACAUUCAGGAGUUGAUUACUUCGGGCCAAUCUUGGUGAAGCAAGGUCGCAGUCUUGUCAAGCGCUGGGUAGCAUUAUUCACCUGCCUUUCCAUAAGAGCGAUUCACUUGGAAAUAGUGCAUAGUCUCACAACUCAAUCGUGCGUGAUGGCUAUCCGACGAUUUAUAGCGCGCCGAGGAGCACCAGAAACCUUUUAUUCCGACAAUGGCACCAAUUUUAUCGGAGCGAACAACCUAUUGAAGGGUCAGCUUCGGGCGGUCAACGAACAUUGUGCAGCGACGUUCACCAACGCUAGGACGAAAUGGCAGUUCAAUCCUCCCUCCGCACCACAUAUGGGUGGUGCCUGGGAGCGCUUGGUACGCUCGGUCAAAACGGCCAUGGCCACAAUCAGCGAUCAUCCCCACCAUCCCAGCGAUGAGGUGCUGGAAACAGUUGCACUGGAGGCUGAAGCAGUGGUCAACUCCAGACCUCUAACAUAUGUCGCGUUGGAUUCAUCUGAUGCUGAGGCAAUCACUCCGAAUCAUUUCCUGCUUUACGGAACCCGUGGUAUUGAUCAACUACCAACACCUUUAACUGAAGGCGUAACGACACUUCGAGACAGCUGGAAGUUGGCACAAGGUCUAAUCGAUAAAUUUUAG